UACUUUAUCCAUUUCCCGACACCACUCGUUAAUAAAAUAAAGAAAAAAUAAAAAUUUAGAGCACACAGAUAGUUGAUUGUUGACUCGUAAAGAGGUCUAGUAGGAUGGUGUGCACCCAUAGAUGACAUAGACUAAGAUAUAUAGAGGGUAUCAAGUUUGUCGCCUCAGUAACUUGUUGCUUUGUGUUAUUGCGGUGUUAUCAAAAGUUUUCAAGCAGGUGACUCAUAAGACCAUUGACAACCCAUAUGUUAGCUUAGUAUUAACAUAAAGGUGAAGCAAAAUGCACAUUUUGGAGCUAAAUGACGACUGUUUUGGCCACAUACUGAAGUUCUUGCCAAUACAAGAUCAUAUAAAUGUAUCACAGGUCUGCACGGUACUUCGACGCGCAGUCCAGAUCUGGGCCAAUACGCUCUAUCCAACAUUUUACGUCAACGAAAUUGUGACGGAAGAAUUUGAAUUGAAUACUCUAAGGAAACAGCUUACACUAUUAAGUAUCCUACAUGGCUGCAUACGAACUCUGGCUGUAAAUAUAAACCAUGUUGAUUAUCAUUUUUAUAGCAGCAAACAGGCUUGCUCCCGUAAUGAUCAGCUGUCCAGGGAAGAGAUGAACCAUAAGUACUUGCGUCUUUUCCGCCAAAAGCUUGAAGAACCCAAAGAGCUAAUACCCAUUGACGGCUUUUGUAAUAUAAUUAGAAAAAUGCAGUCACUCGAAAGUUUGACUAUCAGUAAAAACUCAUUUUUCUAUAUACCUAACCCGAAAAUUGUUAAUGAAACUAUAUUGGCUUUAAGAGGUUUGCCGAAAUUGAGAAGCCUUGCAAUAAAAACUCAGCUGGACAUUAAUAUUGAUGACCUAUGUGAAAUCAAAAAUUUAGAUACUUUACAUUUGGAGGGCGACAAAAACAUUGAUUAUCUAGUAAAAUAUUGCAAAUCAAAUGGAAACCUUCGUGUUUUCCAUCUGCAUAAUUGUAAAAUCAAUGGAAAUCUUAUUGACAUUGUGCCACAUUGUUCCAAAUUGGAGGAGAUUUCUUUCCGUUUAUGCAAGGAUUCCAACUUAUAUAUAAAACUGGCCGAUUUACCCAAUCUGAGAACCUUACAUAUUAGAAAUUUAAUUGACGAUAAUAUGUCAACUUUUUUAAAAGCCUUCUCCCAGAAGCAAUUACAGUCGUUAAAAUUCAUAGAAACUAUUGUCGGUGUCGAAGACACUCAGCAGAUUGUAAAAAUCGAUACUCUCAGAGAAAUUCAAUUAAUAUUUGAUGACCCAGAGGCGGUUCAACUGUUGGCCCAACUUACAAAACUUCAGGUCAUUAGUGUAAAAUUUCGCGGCAAUGCGGGCGACUUUUGCGCAGUAGCUCUGAAAAUCCUCAAUUCAAAUAGAUGUCUAAAGUAUUUGCGAAUCGCACCGGAUCUAGGCGAAGAGUUUCGAAAGGACGCUUUUCAAUUAAUUAAGUCCAUACGAAAUCCCGAGAAGCAAAAACCCCUGCACUUGGAAAUGCCAGAUAUUGUGAGACUAAGUCAAGAUGAAGAAAAAUUAUUGGAUGCUAAAUAUAUGACAUUCAAUCGGCUACCAUUUUAUCGAUGGAAAUCCAAGUGAAUCAGUAACGGAGUUGACUCCAUCUGUGGAACCUAUAUUUAUCUACCUCAUAAAAAUAUUAUGAAAUAUUGUUGAAUAGCAAUAUUUUUGGUUUGCUCUGUUCAUCGUUUAAUGAUCAUACUCUACAAUACAACUUAACUAAGAAAUGACAAUAAUAUACUACUUUCUUAUAUAAAGAAAAUAAUUUCAACCUAUCGAAACAACCCGAGGAAACAAUUCGUAUUCGUAACUAAUCUGGUUCCCAUUUUAUCCACAAAACACUCUUUUUCGAUUCAAUGGGGUGACCAUUUGUUCGAUAUUAUUAAUAAAUCUAACUAAAGACAGCUAACUUAAUUUCACAGAAAAACAGACACUUACCUCAAUAUGUAUGUAUGUAGUACCAUUUUGAAAUUAGUUCAAUUAAAUCAAUUGUGUCUAGCUUUUAAAUGUUGCCAAUGAUUCAUAUAUAUAUUUCCAUUAUCUUUCGCUCAAUAUAGAUUUUAAUACGUUUUAAUAAAUGUUUUUUUCCAACGAUCGUCACUGACAGACUA